UAGACAUUUGAUUAAACUACAUCAGUUUAUUUACAGCUACAUGUUUUAUGUAUUUUUUUUAAUGUGUAUAUUAUUCAGCGUAACAAAAAUACGCUUCGGUUUACAGAACAGUGGCUUUCUAAUGUUUGCUGCGCUUCGUUAUCGUUGUUGCAUGCUACCUUGAUGUUACCUUGUGUACGUUUUGCUUCGUAUUUAUGUGAGGGCUAAAAUUGAGGUCCUGUCCUGAUAAACUACUAGUUUAACUCUGUAUCUGCUCCUGAAAACACGGUAUUGACAUGUUUCACAGGACUGGAGACUUUUAUUAAUCAGUGCUCACAGCUCUAGCAGCAGCUCGUGGCUCAUAAGCUCAGCGCAGACAUGAACUGGGACAAUCAGCUGAAUUCUAUCCUGUCUGUAGCAGAUGGCAGUGUUGCAAAGAUGAGAGAGAGACUGACCUCACCUCGGAAUUUCUCCAAAGGAGGAGAAAAUGUGUUUCCAGUGAGGGAGAGGAUUCAUGCUUCAGAUUUGAAUCCUCCUGCUCUUCCUCCUCGAGCUCCACUUUCUACACAUCCUUCCCCAUCUCUGAGUCCUGGUGUUCAGUGGACAGACCUAGCUUCUCUCCAGUCACAGCUCCAGAUGCAGAGCCAAGCGAUUGAGUCCCUCAACCAGAAACUUCACGACAUGGAGCGAGAGAGGCAGUCACAACAGUGUCACAUCCAGACACUACAAGAGGAGGUUCACAGGCUGCGUGAGUCGCUGAGGGAGAGUGAAAGAGACAGGGGUGAAUCAAGGAGGGCACAAAGUCCAGCAGCAGAGAGACGGAUGGAGCAGUGGAGGAGAGAGGUCGAACGGGAGCUGAGCAGUCUGCGGGGACACAUCUCCAGAGCCACAUCGAUAGUCAACGUAGAGGACAGUCUCAGCUCUAAGCUUCGCAGAGAGGAGCUGGAACACUUGCGAAGAGAGGUGGACCAACUGAAAACACGGUUAAGACGGCAAGAGGAGGACGUGUUCCUCCAGCAGACAGAGGUCAGAGACACGAGGAGACAGUAUGAACGCAGCUGCAAGACAAUGGAGGAGCUAACAGAAAGCUACAGAAGUCACAGCGCUGAUCUGUCAAAGACCGUGUCUCAGUAUUCACACACGCAGCAAGAGGUCCGCCAGAUCAGAACAGCUGUAUCAGAACUGACAGACGAGGUCAAGAGUCUUAUUCUUCGAGAACGUGAACCAACACCUUUACUGUCUGGACACGUAUCAGGGACGUCACCUUUUCCACUCCCCCAUGGCCGUCAGGGAGUCAGAGUUGAAGCUCCAGACUCUGACUCGGAGGACUUCAGCCCGACACCGAGUCUGGCUGAGAUCAGCUCAGAUGAUCUGUCGUGGCUGGAUGACAAAGACUCAGCUCUCCAUCAGAAGCCACGUGUACGUCUGAGUGUCCAGUCCAGACGGAGCGACUUUGCUGGUCCAGGAUCUGAUCUGGAAGACGUUGAUGAUGAUGAUGAUGAUGAUGAAGAUGAUGACAGAAAUUGUCUCCUUGAUGAUGACUUGAACCCCGAUUUAGGAUCUGACCUAAGUCUUAAUGACCUCUGACCUGUUUCAAGGUGAAUUUCCUGAGAUGUAUUAAGACUAUGAUAAGUGUAUUUUUUAUUUAUUUUUGAGUCUCUGUUAAUCUCUGUUGCUAAACCCCAAACUUCAAAAAUAGAAAUAGAAAAACACGA